GUUGCGUCCACGUAGAAAACAAACGGGCGACAUUGUCGACGUGCAUAUAUUUAUUUAAAAUCGAAUCAUACAGCGAGAUGCAAUAAACAAAGAUCAAUAAAAAGGACCAGCUGACUGGCAGGCGCACAGGUAGAGACACUGUGGCGCUGACACCUGACUACGGCAACUUCUUAACAAAACAGCAACUGUUCAAAUAUGUUGGGUGGCAAACGCACCAGUUCCCGUCAUGUUGCGGUCGUGCUGUUGAUGUGCCUCUUCUGGUACGUGAUCUCGUCCAGCAACAAUGUCAUUGGCAAAAUGGUGCUCAACGAGUUUCCAUUCCCGAUGACCGUCACCCUCAUCCAGUUAUGCAGCAUCACGCUAUACAGCGGGCCCUUCUUCAACUUAUGGCGCAUACGCAAAUAUCAGGAUAUACCGCGCUCCUAUUACAUGCGGCUAAUUGUGCCGCUGGCCAUUGGCAAGCUGCUCGCCUCGGUCACAUCGCACAUAUCGCUGUGGAAGGUGCCCGUCUCCUACGCGCACACAGUUAAAGCGACCAUGCCGCUUUUUACUGUGGUUCUGACACGCCUUUUCUUUGGCGAGAAGCAGCCCACACUGGUGUACCUGAGCCUGUUGCCCAUCAUAACUGGCGUGGCGAUUGCGACCGUUACGGAAAUCUCAUUCGACAUGCUUGGCCUAAUAAGCGCACUCAUUUCCACGAUGGGUUUCUCCCUGCAAAACAUCUUCUCCAAGAAGGUGCUUAAGGAUACGGGCAUACAUCACUUGCGCCUGCUCCAUCUGCUGGGCAAGCUAUCCCUAUUCAUUUUCCUGCCCCUCUGGCUGUACGUAGACAGCCUAGCUGUUUUCCGGCAUUCAGCAAUUAAAAAUCUUGACUACCGGGUAAUUGCGCUGCUCUUCACCGAUGGCGUUCUUAAUUGGAUGCAAAACAUAAUUGCCUUUAGCGUGCUGUCGCUGGUAACGCCGCUUACGUAUGCGGUGGCCAGCGCCUCGAAGCGCAUAUUUGUGAUUGCCGUCUCGCUGCUGAUAUUGGGAAAUCCGGUUACAUGGGUCAACUGUCUGGGCAUGACACUGGCCAUUAUCGGUGUGUUGUGUUACAAUCGGGCCAAGCAAAUCUCAAAGGCCAGGGAGCUGCCAACGCACACGCAAAGCAAUCACAUUAAGUAUACGCCGCUAAAUGAUAACUAUUAUCGCAGCCCAAUCAACGGGAAUGUGAUGGCAAAUGGUUUACACAAGAUGCAGACAACGAAAGCACCGACAACCAUGCAAAUGCCAAUGACAAUGCCAGCCAGCGGCAACAGUUUGCUGGCUAAUGGCAGCGGUAUGCCGAGUGGGAGCACCACGCGCUUGCUAUUCGUUUAGUUUUUAUAAUUAGUGAAAUUGUAAAUUGAAACAUCAGGCCCAUACACAAAUUGUUUUACCCGGUUUCGUUUCGUCUCGAUCGUCUCUGAUAACACUUCUUAUCAGAGUCCCCCAUUUACGGGCAUUCUUAAUUGAAUAGUAUUUCGCAUUCAAAACAACAAUUUAAACAAAUCGAACAUUCGUCUUUGUGCUCUCUGCUUGUAUGUCAUUUUUGCUUUUGUAUGUUUCCAAUGUUUUUUGUUUUAUGCUCCCAUCAGCUCCUAUCCUAAUUAUAUUGUAAAUUAUUGUAUGAUAAAUGUAUGUAUGUAUGCAUCUAAUGCGGUAUGUAAAUAAGUAUAAAAUUCAACACCGAACCCAGGUGCGAUGGGAUUAGCCUCAAUUGCCGCUAGAAAAUUAAUUUUGUUUUUGCAAUUCGAAUUUGAUUAUGCCUUAAAAACUGUAUGUAUUUACAAUAUCGAAACGCAUCGCAAUGCGUAAUAAAAAUUGUUGACCGUGUACAUAGGCAA